AUGAAGACCAAUGCUGAUAUCAAUGGCGAUAUCCCGUUCUCUCAAACUAUGAAGUCACGAAAGAACAAAGGCGAAGACGCUCUCACGGCGGCUGAGAAGGCGCUAGAUGAUUCAACUGCUUCAGACCAAUCCGAAGCUGACCAAGAUGUGAAAGCUGGGUCUUUCUCAUCCGCCAAACCAGAGGCCGCCAUGGAAAGUAUGACACAAGAGGAAAUCGAUAACAUUUUGAUCUCAGACACCGAUGAAGAGGAACAGCUGAGGAGGUCACAGUCUCGAAGUAACACCAACAACCAAACUAAGGCCCUCAAAAAGAAAGACGCGAUCAAGGAUGGGGAGGAAGGAACAGCUGAUGAAAGCAAGACCGGCGCGACAUCCAGUCAACGACGAAUAAAGAAAGCCAAGGCCAAAGCACGUCGCAAGGCCAAUUCAAAAGCACAGGAUGCUUUAGCGGAGGGGAUUACAGAAACCAAACCCGUUGUUCCGAAAAAAGGUUGGAAGGGUUGGGAGCUUGUGCCCAUUGACCCUGCCGAAACGGGAGUCAUUAGCCCAGAGUCGGCGGUUAGUGGUACUAGAAGGAAGUCUAAGCGUAGGAAAACUUAG